AUGGCGCCCACGCUACAGAUGGCCUCCGGAUUUCUCGGCCGCGCUUCUCGCAGCUUCGCAGCUAUCGAGACUGCCCCGACGAAACGACUGCUCUCCGUCCUCCGCACCAACAGUCAGCCGCAGUGCCGUGCCUACACGCAAUCCCAACGACCCCGAUGCACGUCGCAGCUCCAGGGCGCAUUUGCUGCACGCAAUGAGUUCUCCACGACGGCAUUGCGCGCCCGCGCCAAGACUAUGGGUCAGCUGCGCCAGCGUAACUCGACUGGUCCCUUCUCGUGGAAGGCAGCGCUGUUGUUUGUCCUCACGGGCGCGGGCAUGGUGAUCUAUUUCCGCGUGGAGAAAGCCCGCCUGGAGCGAAAGCGCAUUGCUGAGAUGAGUAAGGGCGUUGGCCGGCCGAAGGUUGGCGGACCCUUCGUUCUGAAGGACCUGGACGGCAAGGAGUUUACUGAAGAGGACCUGAAGGGCAAAUACAGCUUUGUUUACUUUGGUUUCACGCAUUGCCCCGAUAUUUGCCCCGACGAGUUGGACAAGAUGGCUGAGAUUAUCGAAAAGGUCAAGGAGGCCACCAAGGAUGAGAGCAUCUUCCUGCCGGUUUUCAUUACUUGCGACCCGGUCCGGGACACUCCUGAGGUGCUCCGCGAAUACUUGAAGGAGUUCCAUCCGGGCAUUGUUGGCCUGACUGGUACCUAUGAGCAAGUUAAGAACGUCUGCCGGCAAUAUCGCGUGUACUUUAGCACGCCCAAGGACGUGAAGCCCGGCGAGGACUACUUGGUUGACCACAGCAUCUACUUCUACUUGAUGGAUCCUGACAAUGAUUUCGUCGAAUGCAUUGGCCGACAAGAUACUCCUGAGUCUGCUUCCAAGGUGAUCCUCGAACACAUCAAUGACUGGAAGAGGGAAGGCAAGCCGUUGAAGACUGAGUAA